AUGUCAGUCCGCGUCCCACGCCUCGCGGCGCCGUCGCGGCCAGCCAAGGCGUCCUUCACCCAGCCCUCGUACCGCACUCUCCCUCGCCCCUCGUUCACCGCAGGACGGGUAGGCGUACAGACGACUGCAGCAGGACCAUCACACCGGUGCGCCUACAGCUCGAGCUCGUCCGCCGGCCGCUCGAGCAGCCGCGACGGCACCCCUCGCGUCAAGCAGGCUCCUGCAACAACCCCUCGCACGCCGUCGCCCUCGCCUGCGCCCCUCAAGCAGACCAAGAUCGCGCUCGCACAGCCGGAGAAGCAGCCUCCGGCGUCCUCGCUUAAGCACGCGUUCGAGCUGCCGCAUGUCGGCCGGGGUCUCGUCGGACUCGACUCGUUCUUCGCGCUCCAUCGCCCGCUUCUCGAGCUGCCGUUGCGGCCGGGAACACGCCGUUCGACCGCGACACAGGAGACGGACAGCGAUUAUGUGCCAUUGCAGGAGGAGGUGGACGAGGUGCGGAUGAGCCGCAAGGGCGAGAGCGAGUUGGCGGUUGUGCAGGACCGGGCAGACGACGGCUCGCUUGUGGGCAAGCCGUACCUCGCACGGCUGAAGCAGGUUGAGCCGCUCAAGUCGGUCGAGGAGGAGCUUGCGGCGGAGGCUGAGGAGGACGCCAUCCUUGCGUACAAGGAGGAGGUGCAGCACCAGGUUGAGCAGCAGGCGGCCGAGCCGUACGAUGCGUGGCUGCUGGGUCAGCACGAGCGCCUCGAGCCCAACGUGGCGCGGUACCUCGCGACCCGUCCCCCUCAUACCGAGCCUUCUUCUCCGGCCGCAUCCCUUUCCGACCUCCCGUCCACCCGCCCCGAACUCGCCUACCUCGCCCCCUUCAAUGCCUCGACCUCCUCCGACGUCAAGACCGAGACCUCCUUCUCCCACAUCUUCUCGCCCCUUUUCCUCUCCCCUCUCACCCCCGACGAGUCGACCCGCACGGCCGACAGUUUCCUCCGCACCUGCGAGAUGGCCUACCGCUGGUCUGCCCGCAACGACUUCAUCUCGACCGCCGGCGAGCGGUUGCGCCAGGCGUCUGAGGCCUACGGUGUUGCCGAGGGAGCGAAGGCGGCUCCUACUCCCGUGGAGGCGGUCAUUGAGCGAGGGGCGAUUCGCGUCUGGGACGAGCAGCAGGGUUUCCGCCAGGUCCAGGCGGCGCUCGGCAGCUCUCCGAACCUCUUCCUGCCGCAGGAGAUCGUCGACUUGGGCGAGGUAACCAUCGAGAUGGACUCGGUCAAGCGUAAACGCCAGAAGAAAAUCCGGAAGCACAAGUACAAGAAGCGCAGAAAGGCGCAGCGGGCGAUGAGGAAGAAGCUCGGCAAGUAA